UGCUCCCAUCGGGCCGGUCUGUCGGCGGCUCCCAGAGAACCCGGGCUUAGCAGCACCUUUCUCUUCCGGACGCGGACUUGCUCACCGCACCAGACCAUGAGGAAUACCAGCAAGGAGGUGCAGAGCACCUCUUAUCGCUACGCUCCCUGCGAUUGGUAUUACCACCUACCCGUGAAGCGUUCCGAGAAGCCUGUGGGUGCCCCACCAGCAUCCCAGAUCCCAGGGCUCAGCGACAUGAGAGACUCCCCAAGUGUGAAUUUGCCCCGUGCUCGGAGAUACUGGAUAAAAGAAACGGACUCGGAGUACGUGAAACUGGCCAAGCAAGGUGGCAGACCUGAUUUGUUGAAGCACUUUACUCCUGGAACCAGACAAGGCUCCCCAGUCGCCUACUCCCUGCCAGACUGGUAUAUUCACCACAGUAAGCCUCCAACAUCUCUCCAGCGAGAAGUCCCUGCGGUCUCCAUUCCAGAAUACAUGGUGUAUGAAGAGUUCAACCCCGACCAGGCCAAUGGCAGCUAUGAGUCCAGACAAGGCCCCUUUGACUUUGACAGGAAAACAAUUUGGCAAAGAGAAGCUGAGGAGCUUGAAAAUGUGAAGAGAAAGGUGAAACUGCCAGCUAUCAAUUCCAAGAACUCAAGCAAAGAGGGGACCCCGGUCAGCAACAAAGACUCCGAUAAGAGCAGGCUGUUGUUGCCUCCUAUGCCGGGUCCAAAAACUGGUUCACCCACAAACUUUUCCAAACUUAUCAGCAAUGGCUACAAGGACGAGUGGUUACAGCAGCAGAAGGCUGAUUCUGACAGGAGGACUCCAAAGACAUCUGAGGCAUCUGUGUCCACCCAGUCCACAGAGGACUCUAAAAGUAAAAGUAGCCAGGAUACAGAGACGCCCCAAAAUCCAGAGACCCCUGAAGGCUCUGAGAAAACUCCAGGUGAGUGUGUUGUUUCUCCCUGUCUGUAUGUGUUGGUCACGUUUUGUUUUAUUUUGAGACAGGAUCUUAUGUCACUUAAAGUGACCCGGAACUGCCUAUGUUUCCAAAGCUGUCUCAAACUUGUGACAAUCCUCCUGUUUCACACUUUAAGGGCUGGCUUCGAGGCCCAGCUCCUUUGCCCAUUUUUUAAAACCAGCUAUUUCCUUUCUUGUAUAGUUUUUUGAGGCCCUCAGAUGUUUUGGAUACUAACCCCUCACCAGAACAGCUGUUUCAAAAUGUCUUUUCUCCUGUUCUGUGGUUUAUAUUUCUAUUUUGUUGAUUUCUUCUUUUGCUGUGUAUAAGCUUACUAGCUUGAUUCUAUCUCAUCUGACUAUUUUGCUUGUGCCCUGUUUUGGUGACACAUACACACACAUCCAGAGCUGGAGGGAUGUGAUUUUCAACCUUCUUAAUGCUGUGGCCCCUUAAUA